CUUAGGCAAAGGCUUAUGUGACUUGCCAUUGGCCACUUAGCUAGUAAAUGUCUGAGAUAAGAUUUGGAUAUAGGUCUUUCUGACGCCAGGCUUUGUACUCUAUCCAGUGCUUGCUGUGGCUCAACUGUGGUGGUCCUGGGUUUUUCCUGAUUAUCUUCCUUAAUGUUUUUGUUCCUCAAACUAGAGUUCUAUGACUGUGUUCCUCUGGUAGUCUUAUGUGGCCCAUAAUUAGAGUCCAUAGUGCUUGGGAGACAGGACACAAGGAGUUGGAGUGGUAAUAAUGUAACCCACAGAUCCAACCUAGGAAACUGCCAAGUAGGAGGGUGUCUGAACUGGACCAAAUCAUUGGGAAAGACUGCCUAAAAUAGAGCAUUAGUCUUGACUGUGAUAGGGGCCUCUCAUUCUUUGAAAGUCCUCUCAUCUCUUUAAUAAAUUCCUCUAAAAUAGUUAAUAGAUUAAGGAAUGAUGUGCCAUUUAUCUGCAAACUGUCUGUUUCUUUCAGGUGUCUGUGGUGUUGCUGUGGGUUACCCCCUGGACACAGUGAAGGUCAGAAUCCAAACUGAGAAGAAGUAUACUAGUAUCUGGCACUGUGUUCGAGAAUUAUACAAAGCAGAAAAGCUCUCAGGGUUCUACAGGGGGCUCUCCUUGCCCGUGUGUACAGUGUCUCUGGUCUCCUCAAUCUCCUUUGGCACCUACAGAUACUGCCUGUCUCACAUCUGCAAGCUCAAAUAUGGCAACAUGGAUGUAAAGCCCUCCAAAAUGGACAUCACUCUUUCAGGAUGUGCCUCUGGCAUUGUCAGGGUCACACUGACGUCCCCCACGGAAGUGGCCAAAAUUCGGUUGCAGACCCAGAAGCAGCGCCCCUCGAUUACGUCUUCGUCUCCCAGUGGUCUCCUCCCUCCACUCAAGUACCAGGGUCCCCUGCACUGCCUGAGGACUGUGGCUAAGGAGGAAGGCUUGGGCGGCCUCUACAAGGGCAGCUUGGCCCUGAUGUUCCGAGACUGCAAUUCCUUUGCCACCUACUUCCUCUCCUACUCCAUCAUCUGUGAAUGGCUCACUCCAGCGGGGCAGAGUAAGCCAGACAUCCUGGGUGUGCUGUUCUCCGGGGGUUGUGCCGGCGUCCUGGCCUGGGCUGUGGCCACCCCCAUGGAUGUGAUCAAGUCUCGUCUUCAGGUCGAUGGGCUGGGCCAGCAGCGCUACCGAGGAUUCAUCCACUGCAUCACCCAGAGCGUGAAGGAAGAAGGAGUGAGGGUCUUGUUUAAAGGGCUAGCUCUGAACUGUUGUAGAGCCUUUCCUGUGAACAUGGUGGUUUUUGUCUCCUAUGAAGCGGUCCUGAAACUCACCCGGAGUUUCAUGACUUAACUGACUCGUUUCAUUCUAUCCAACACGAAGAUGGCUCCAUGUGUGGAAGCAAACCAAACCGGACUUAGAAGCCGGGGCGGAAAGGACUUAAAUUCCAGCCUUUCGGGCUCGGGGUAAUAGGUCUCUAAGCAGCAACAUCUCAGUCAUUGGCUGUUGGGGCUGCAAGAUACAAGGUGCAGGCGGCUUCCCAUCCCCUGCUUCCCCGCGGCGUCUCAGGACUGCUCUCGGGACAGGUUCUACCUCCUCACCGAAGAUUGAUCCAGGGACUGAUUUCAGCCCAAAGUGGGCGGUUAGGUUACAGGUCACUAAAUGAGUUCUCCAUAUCUACCUUCUGGGACUUCAGCAUUGCCCUGUUUAUAGAUAGGGCCUGCCUACCUCACCUAUCUCUUCUAAAGCUUCUGAGAAGGAUGGCUUGGUUCUUCAGGAUGUACAUACUGAUGACGUGUCCCACUUUCAGAUGCUCUUCGCAAAGGUCAUGAGUGCAACCUUUCAGAGGUUUUUUAAAUUACAUAUAAAUAAAAGGAAUGUUUUGGA